AUGCCGGGCUUUUUGGUGCCGGACCACUACAAGGUGGUCGCGCCCACCCUCGAUGACUUGUUGGUCGCCAGCAUCAUCUGGGGCUUUACGCUCGCGACGGGCAUGUUCUCUGGUCACAAGGCCAUCAAGCAGACAUAUGCGCAAUGGAAGCGCUCAGGACGCGCCAAGCCAUAUGUCAUCAUGGUUUGGGCUGAGUGGCUUGUUUCUAUCGUCAUUAGUGUGCUGUCGUGGUGUUUCCUGCGAGGGUUUAUCGAGCCAAGCUUCUGGAUCUACUUCACUUUCUUGGCUCUCUGGGUCGUUCAGAUUCAAUGUAUCUGCGGCAUCAUCAUCAACCGAAUAUCGCUCCUCAUGGUGGACCGUCGGGACGGAGCAAAGAUUCGCUGGGCGACCGCCAUCCUACUUGGCCUCAUCAACAUCAGCGUCUUUGUCAUUUGGAUCCCCGCGCAGCUGCAGAUCUCGUCGACAUGGAUCAACGUGAAUCACAUCUACGACCGCAUCGAAAAGGGCUUGUUCCUCAUCAUUGACGCCGCUCUGCAUUCCUACUUCAUGUACCUGAUCCGCGUCAAGCUGAUCGCCAAUGGUUUGGACAAGUACAAGCCACUGCUGCGCUUCAACUUUGCCAUGAUUGCAGUCUCGAUGAGUUUGGAUGUUAUCCUCAUUGGCAGCAUGUCGAUUGGCAAUGGCUUCAUUUAUGUCCAGUUCCAUCCACUGGUCUACAUGCUCAAGCUGCAUAUCGAGCUGAAUAUUUCUUCUCUCAUCGUCAAGGUCGUCCGCGCGACCGGCGACAACAGCUCGUACCAGAACGACUACUACAACCAGGGCACCGAGCUGCAGUCCAAGCCCAUGGGCGGAGGCACAAACGGAAACGGAGCCUCCAACAAGGGUCGAUCGGGUACAAAUACCGGCCCGCUGUUCUCGAGCACAAACGAAGCACGCAUCGACACAGACGGAGAUGGCCUGAGCAGGGUAAACAUGUCCCGAGGCAUCACCAAGAUAACCCAGACGCAGGUGACGGUGUCACGAAUUCCCGAGGACGACGACGGGAGCUCGCAGUCUUCGACACGGCAGCUGAAGGGAGCCGGGAACAUGUACCGCGAUCCAUUCCCGUGA